AUGACUCUGCGCGUUGCCAACGAUCAUCUGGCCACAGGACACGUUGAGUGCUUGGAGAAAAUCUGGGGCGAGAUGGAUAUUGUGCUUGAGGCUCGAGGACAGUUGGAUGGCAAAGGCCAAUGCGUAAAUGAGCGGUUUGCUUCGAUUUUACCGGAGCAUUGCCCGCUUGUGGCCUUCGCUGGAUAUCCCGAUACUAGACGUGGAUUUAAGAGACGAGUCGGACUACCACCAACAAUCAUGAUCAUGCCCAAUACCUUAUCCCACUACGACUUCUCCACAACCUACCCCUGGCAGCAAACACUUGCUGCACUACCUGUAGCUCCAAGAACCCAAUACUCGAUUCCACCAGCUUACAUCCCUCAAUUUCCCAAUCCUCAACCCAUUCUCUUCCCCGGUGAAUAUAGUCUUCCCACACAACCUUCCGGGGCAUACCACUCAGCAGGCACCAUGAUGCCACUUGACAGCCAACUUGAAGGAACCGAAUACCUUCAGAACGCGUCUCCCGGCUUCAGCACAGUUUCUCCUGUCCUCACAUCAUCUUCCGGCCCCUCCUCGCCGUAUCCCAACACUCCUCCCACCCACGAAAACAACGCCAUCUAUCCGAGUGAGCCACUCGGUUACGAGGAUCGGUUCAACCAGGUAGAAGAGGCUUGUGCCUCGAUCCCAGCAUCUACACAGCAGCUCCCUAUCGAGCCCCAGCAGCAGCUCCCGCAAAAUCAGUACUACUACCCUCCCCCUGCCUUCCCUCAGAAUGUCACUCCACCCUUCUCUCAAGACUUCGUAGACUAUUCCGCUCAAGCUGGUCAGAACAUUGGUAAUAGCCAAUUUUCUCAACAUAACAUCCAACCAGAGAUGGUUUAUCUCUACCCAUCCAACCCUUUGCCCGCCCUGUGUUGCAUCGACGCUCUGCCCAACGAAAACUGGAACGCGCUUCCUCAGAGCACCACGCCAGAAGCUUCGACUUCAACAAUGCCACCUCCCUUCGCGCCAUUCACCAUGCCCACUGCGGAGUCUUUCCAAAUAGGCCCCUCUUCCUUCUCCCACCAACCCACCGUUUAUUCCGUGUCAAGCAAUCAUACUCAUGCCCAGAUGGGCAAGGCCGAGGCUUCCGCCUCCAUGAUACGCUGCCGAUGGGGCAACCCCACUGUGCAAUGUACGGCGUUGGUUGAAGCCACAGGUCCAGCCGUCAGGGAACACCUCCGUCAGUUUCACGAAGACGUUCAAAAUCAUCGUCGUGAGGGCGAAGCCACCAAAAUGAAAUGUAUUUGGGCGGGGUGUCCAAGUAGGCGUCUUCUAAACGAAGACAGCGUCGGAAGGCAUAUCUGCCACACCGAUGGCCACAUACUUUCGGAUGACCUUGACGGGCAAGUCCGGGCGUCCUACCCCACCUUCGGCUGGAGCUCGCACCUCGCUUACCACUCAGCCCACAAGACUCCAUGCCUUACUCGCGGUAUCUCAAGCUCGAGUACGACGUUCAAGUCUUACCAUCCGUCCAUCAUUGGACCCCCCUAG